CACUCAUCGAAAAACACGAGUUAAGAAGAUGCAGACAAUUUCUCACAUAAAAGCUAAAGCUUUUGAUUUAUCGCUAACUUUGGAGGCUUAUUUUGAGUGAAGAUAUUAAAAAAGAAAGGAUAUGUUACACGUCUAUGUGAAAACUUUGAAUGAUCGAUAAUUUAUCAUGAAGUUGAUAACAACUUUUGUGGUAGUAUAAAAUGACUUUUUUUAAAAAACAUUGUCAAUCACAUGGCAUCGAAGCUUCUAACUAUAUUUUUUUGAUACUAAUACCUAUUCACGGUUUACUUGGCCAACAAUGGAUGAUGUUAGCACUAUCGACAAGCUCAAUUGUGUACAACCGAAAGUUGUGUGAUGAUAGAAAUUUUUUAACAGACACACAACGUCAGUUAUGCAUAAAUUAUGGCGAUCUUAUCCCAAAAGUUGCUAUUGGUGCGGAAAUGGCUUAUGAUGAAUGCAGGCAUCAAUUUCGCUGGGAGCGCUGGAACUGUAUAGCUCAUAAAAAAAAUGACUCAGGAGGUACCCUACAAGCUCGACUACCUUUGCUCUUCGGAGAUUCAUUAGUGCUUGAUUCUCGGGAAGCGGCUUUUGUUAGUGCAAUAUUUUCUGCAGGAGUUUCUCACGAAAUAACAAAAGCUUGUUCAAGCAACCAAUUAACAUCAUGUUCUUGCGAUAAAACUUCUUCCACUCAUGAGAAAGAUAGUUCCAAAUGGCAAAGCUGCAAUGAUAAUAUUGUAUUUGGAACAAGCUUUGCAAAACAGUUUAUAGACAGCGUUGAGCUAAAAUGGAGUCUAACAAAAUUAUUUUCUAAUCAUGAUAGAAGUCUAAUGAAUUUACACAAUAAUGAAGCUGGUAGAAUAACUGUGAAGCAAACAAUGUGGUGGAAAUGCACAUGUCAUGGAACGUCUGGAUCUUGUACAACCAAAAUAUGUUCAAAAUCCGUUGCUAACUUUCGUCAAAUCGGUAAUUUAUUAAAAAAAGAAUACGAAAAAGCAAUUAAAGUCCAAAUAAAAUAUGUUAGCACAAAACAAGUUUUGAUGCCAAUUAAUGAACAAAUACCUUUAGUAACCAACACUCAAUUGGUUUUUCUUAAGAAAUCACCACUGUACUGCAAUUCGGUUGCAGGAAGACGGUGUAAAGUAAAAAGCUCUGAUGAAAUCGGUUCAUGUUCAAAUAUGUGUUGUGGAAAAGGAUACCAUACUCAAAUAAAAAUAAUAGAGAAAAAUUGUUCUUGCAAAUUUGUAUGGUGUUGCAAAGUCACGUGUCAAAAAUGUUCUCACAAACAAAAGAUUCAUAUAUGUAAAUAAAUAUUAUUUAAUCUUUGAACCAGAACAAAUAAGCAGCUUUUUUAAAAGAGAUAUAUGUAAAUAAAACUUCCAUUUAUAAUGUAAAAAUGGUAUGUAUUUUUUUGUUAGCUUGUUUUUGUUUUGUUUCUUGUCCUUUAAUCAUCGCGAAUUUGUAAAAAAUGAAAUUGCUUGCGAAGCAUAUAAUAAUUUAAUACAAACCUACAAAUGCUGCGUUAUACAAAACUUGCAGAAGACCAAUAAAGAAACCACUUUACGUUACUUGUGGUAUUUUCAUGAAGUUAUUUAUAAUUUUUGUAUACUUCUUUUACAAUAACUUCAUAUUUAAAAAUAAUCUCAUUUUCUAAGUUCAAUACUAUUUUUUCAGUUCAAUGUUAUUCCCUCAGUUUAAUGCUAUUUCCUUUUUUAUUUUUGGAUUCUUUUAUUUUUAGUUUUUCUGACAUAAAACUAAAAAUAAAAGAAUCCAAAAAUAAAAAAGUCAAACCGUAAAAAAAAACACAUCGUAUUUGGAAAUAGAAUUUACACAUAAGUACAUCUUAGUACAUGGCUACAACAUAAUACAUUGCUACAUCUUAGUACAUGGCUUCAUCUUAGUACAUGGCUAUAUUUAAGAUUCGUUCAUGUAUUUAAUAUUAUAAAAUAAACUUAAUCUUUAUUAGCAGUAAUUUUUUAUUUAUUCUACUUUUUUUUAUACUUAUAAAUAUUGUUUUGAAAAUUGUAUUAUGUAUAUGUAUAUAUUUUAAAUGUUGUAAUUUUCAAAAGUAUAUGUAUAUAUAAAAAAGUCUUUUUUUAAUGUUUUCAGAGAACUCAAGAUUUUUGAUUUUGUAAAUUUUGUAAAUGUUGUUCAUUACAUUGUUGUAUAGAUAAGGUCCACGAUAUGAAAAAGGAUUUUUUUUUAAUAAUAUUAAAACAAAAUAUUUUCAUGUUACUGUA